AUGGCUGCAACAACGUCGGGGAUUUCAACAAAUAGAAAUACACCUGAAGAUGAUGAUGGUAUUGGUGAUGAUUUGAGUGCUACUGAUGAUGCAAAUGAUGAUGGUAUUGGUUACGAUUUGAAUACCAUAGAUGAUGAAGAUGAUGAUGGUAUUGGUUACGAUUUGAAUACCAUAGAUGAUGAAGAUGAUGAUGGUAUUGGUUACGAUUUGAAUACCAUAGAUGAUGAAGAUGAUGAUGGUAUUGGUUAUGAUUUGAAUACCAUAGAUGAUGAAGAUGAUGAUGGUAUUGGUGAUGAUUUGAGUGCUACUGAUGAUGCAAAUGAUGAUGUUAUUGGUUACGAUUUGAAUACCAUAGAUGAUGAAGAUGAUGAUGGUAUUGGUGAUGAUUUGAGUGCUACUGAUGAUGCAAAUGAUGAUGGUAUUGGUUACGAUUUGAAUACCAUAGAUGAUGAAGAUGAUGAUGGUAUUGGUUACGAUUUGAAUACCAUAGAUGAUGAAGAUGAUGAUGGUAUUGGUUACGAUUUGAAUACCAUAGAUGAUGAAGAUGAUGAUGGUAUUGGUUACGAUUUGAAUACCACAGAUGAUGAAAAUGAUGAUGGUAUUGGUUAUGAUUUGAAUACCACAGAUGAUGAAAAUGAUGAUGGUAUUGGUUAUGAUUUGAAUACCACUGAUGAUGAAGAUGAUGAUGGUAUUGGUGAUUAUUUCAAUGCCACUGAUGAUGAUGAUGAUGAGGCUCAAGGCUGUCUUGUGUGUCCACAUGGCAUACACCAGAAUUUUCACAAUUUUGGUUGA